AGCGGGAGCCGGCGCGCGAGCAGCAGGUGCCUCAGGAACUCUGAAGCUGAGCUGAGCCAAGAUGCCGCCAGAACCACUGGAGGGGCCUGCUUUCUGAGACUGAGCCAGCUGUGCCAAAGCACUUAGAGAGCCCACCUCCACCAGCAGGGACGCGCUUGGCUCCUGUGAGGAAGGGGCUCAGGGGCCUGGCCGGGCCAGCUGCACUGCAGCUAUGGACCGUGAGCGGGCCCGGCCCGCGUCCUCGCCGACUCCGUCCGCCUGCGGCUGUGCCUGCCAUGGGCUCCUCGGUGUACAUCGUGGUGGAGCUGGCCAUCGCCGUGCUGGCCGUCCUGGGCAACGUGCUGGUGUGCUGGGCUGUGUGGCAGAACAGCAACCUGCAGAACGUCACCAACUACUUCGUGGUGUCACUGGCAGCAGCCGACAUCGCAGUGGGCGUCCUUGCCAUCCCCUUCGCCAUCACCAUCAGCAUAGGGUUCUGUGCCGCCUGCCACAGCUGCCUCUUCUUUGCCUGCUUCGUCCUGGUCCUCACGCAGAGCUCCAUCUUCAGCCUCCUGGCCAUCGCCAUUGACCGCUACAUCGCCAUCCGCAUCCCACUCCGGUACAAUGGCUUGGUGACCGGUGCGAGGGCCAAGGGCAUCAUUGCCGUCUGCUGGGUGUUGUCCUUUGCCAUCGGCCUGACACCCAUGCUAGGCUGGAACAACUGCAGUCAUCAGCCAAAGGAUGGCAGGAACCACUCGAAGCACUGCGGGGAGGGCCAGGUGGCCUGUCUCUUUGAGUACGUGGUCCCCAUGAACUACAUGGUGUACUACAACUUCUUUGCCUGUGUCCUGGUGCCCCUGCUGCUCAUGUUGGGCAUCUACUUGCGUAUCUUCCUGGCAGCCCGGCGGCAGCUGAAGCAGAUGGAGAGCCAGCCUCUGCCCGGGGAGCGGGCUCGGUCCACACUGCAGAAGGAGGUCCACGCGGCCAAGUCGCUGGCCAUCAUCGUGGGGCUCUUUGCCCUCUGCUGGCUGCCCCUGCACAUCAUCAACUGCUUCACCUUCUUCUGCCCUGAGUGCAAACAUGCCCCUCCCUGGCUCAUGUACCUGGCCAUCAUCCUCUCCCACUCCAACUCCGUGGUGAACCCCUUCAUCUAUGCCUACCGCAUCCGCGAGUUCCGCCAGACCUUCCGCAAGAUCAUUCGCAGCCACAUCCUGAGGCAGCGGGAGCCCUUCAAGGCAGGUGGCACCAGUGCCCGGACCUUGGCGGCUCAUGGCAGUGAGGGAGAGCAGAUCAGCCUCCGCCUCAAUGGCCACCCUCCUGGGGUGUUGGCCAACGGGAGCGCCCCUACCCCGGAGCGGCGGCCCAAUGGCUAUGCCCUGGGACUAGUGAGUGGAGGAGGUGCCUGCGAGUUCCAUGGGGACAUGGGCCUCCCAGACGUGGAGCUCCUCAGCCAUGAGCUCAGGGGAUCAUGCCCAGAGUCCCCUGGCCUCGAGGGCCCCCUGGCCCAGGAUGGAGCAGGAGUGUCCUGAUGAGCCGCUGAGUUUGCCUCUUCCUAAGGGAAGAAAAUCUUUCUCUUUCUGGUCGUCGGAACCAGUCAUGUUGGGAGAAGAGAGAAUGUGCUGGGAGACCCCUCUCGUGGCUGGUUCCCACUGUGGACUGAGGAGGGAGCCCUGGCUGGCACAGCAUGAGGCCCAGCAAGAAGGGUUUGGAGUCCGAGGAAGCGGACGUUUCAUGCUAGAAGACGCUGCACCAGGCCAGGGCCACAGUACCAGAGCAUCUUGGCUGGGCAGGGCCCGGUCCCCACUCCGGAAGCAUCUAGAAGGGCCACCUUGUCUCUGCAGAGCAGCCGUGGUAGAGUAGGCUGGCUGGCCCUGAGCUGGGAGAGGCUCUUGCCACACACACCACCCUCCCCAGAUUUCCGAGGGCUUGGGAGCUGCUGUGCCUGGAAGUGGCAUUUGACUAUAUUUUCCAGGAGAAAAUGUAAGCGUGAGGAUAUCCUUUUUAUUUUAUUACUGUCCCUCCCUGGCUGCGAGGUCUGCUGUCGGCCCCGCUGCUAACCUGGCACCAGGCGUCGGCCCAGGGAGUCCCAGGCAGCCCUCUCCCACUGCUGUAAGCUGCCGCGUACUUCUUACCCCGCCAGUCCCAGGGCCAUCUCUUGGGGCGACCAAGCUGGGCUUGAGGACAGGGCGUUGUAGUGGAGUGGUGCCAGAAAGCCGGCUCAGGGGAGGAGGCCUGGGCUGGCGGCCAUGGGGGCGCCGGGCUAGCUCAGAGCUGCCCAGGUAGAGGCCCUAACGGCCUUUCCUUCUGAAGGGAAUGUUUUUUUCUGAGAUAAAAUAAAAAUUG